AUGUACGAUCCUCAUCCUCACGGAAAACUCCGCGAGCAUGACCAAGAACAGGAGGUAAUUCCUGCCAUUCGGCUGGACGACGCGGAAUGGAAGAUUAUACAGCAGAACACGUUCACCCGCUGGGUGAAUAAUCAUCUCAAGAAAGCAGGCGAUUCCAUCCAAAGCCUUGAGACCGAUUUCUCUGACGGGUUGAAAUUGAUCAGUCUUGCUGCCGUGUUGUCUCAGAAAAAUGUGGGCCGAUUCAACAAAAAAGUCAAUUUCCGCUCACAAAAGCUCGAGAAUGUGUCGCUUGCCUUGAAGUUCUUCCAAGAUGUAGAACACAUCAAAAUUGUAAAUAUCGAUAGCUCGCAUAUCGUAGAUCAGAACAAAAAGCUUAUCCUUGGUCUCAUCUGGACCUUAAUUCUGCACUAUUCGAUUUCUAUGGGAUGGGUUCAGGAAAGAAAUGAAGGUCAACCGGAAGAAACGCCUAAGCAAAAGUUGCUUAAUUGGAUUCGAAGCAAGCUUCCAUCGGGCAUGCCGGUGACCAACUUCACCUCAGACUGGAACGAUGGUGUUGCAGUUGGAGCAUUGGUAAAUGCAUUAGUUCCUGGGGCAGUUAUGGAUUGGGAACAAUGGACUCCAGAAAAUGCACUAGAAAAUACGGAAAAAGCAAUGCAGAUUGCUCAGAAUCGGCUUGGUGUGGAGCCCCUCAUCACGCCAGGAGAACUGAUUCAUCCUGAAAUUGAUGAGAUGUCGGUGAUGACGUAUCUGUCACAAUUCCCUGCUGCAAAAUUAGACCACGUCAAGAGACCAGUGCAGCCAGAGGAGCCUAUUGUAUCAGGCAGUAUCGAAGAUUUGAACGACUUUCCAGUUGUCAAUAUGCCAUCAGAGUUCAUUGUCAAUGUUAUAGGAGAUGGCUACAAACCAAAAUUGAAAAUAACCGAUCCUGACGGGCGUGAAGUACAUCACACUGUUGCUGAAGAUAAUCCACAUAAGUUCACGGUCACAUACACACCGCUGCGAGACGGAGUUCAUCACAUAUCGCUGGCCCUUAGGGAUAUUGCACUCGGGACUGUUACUUCUAUUGACAGAGGUUCUCGAACUGUUGAGGUCCUACCUGUUGUACGUUUGUGCUCGUACACGGACCGUGUGCGUGUUGGUGAUGUUGUUCCGCUGCGAGUUGAAGGAGCAAUAAAAGGAGUUGUGGAAGUAGUGGUAGUGGAUGCAGUAGGAGGUGAACAUGCACUAGCUGUCAUAGAAGGACCUGGGAGAGGUGUAUUUACUUGUGAGUAUGUACCGAAACAUCCUGGCCUUCACACUUUGAAUGUGUUCUACAAUCGCACUGCAAUUCAUGGAAGUCCAUUUCCUCUGAGAGCUGCUGAUAGAAACAACUUCUUCAUAUGGGGAAGAGGAAUCAACGAUGACGGUAUUCGAAUAAAUGAUACCGUGCCUGUUUAUGUGGAUAAUAGGGAGCCGUACACUGAACAUGAGAAUGACAUCAAAGUAAAAGUAGUUACAGAUUCUGGCCUCGAAUUACCGGUCCGUCGCAGCAAAGAAGGUCUUCGAUCUACAUUCAUUUAUACACCAACAACGACCGGAAAACAUCUUGUUUACGUGACGAACAACAAUGAACCAAUUGGACAAAGUCCAUACAAAGUCAAUAUAUCCCCACCUACGAGAUCCCGUGUGAGAGCAUUCGGGACAGGCCUGGAAGGUGGCGUAAUGAACCAACAGAGCGUAUUUAGCGUGGAAACAAAUGGCGAUGCCGACAGAUUAGCCUUUUCUAUCGAAGGGCCGAGCAAAACGGAAAUUGCUUGCCAGGAUCGUGGACAAGGAGCAGCUCUUGUUGCAUACACGCCGAAAGAACCUGGCGUAUACAAAGUGAAUGUCCUGGCUGGCGGUGAGCACAUUUCCGAAUCUCCAUUCGUACUGAUGGUUGACCCACCCAAGCCCGGUUUUCAACCGUCGGCAGCUCGUCUGACCGGAGUUGAGCCAGAAUUGCAAUUUGUUCCUGGCGAACCAGUACCAUUCCGAAUCGACACUCGACACACUGGAGUGGUGGAUGAUGCUCCCAGAGUGGAAGUACUUGAUAAAGAUCUCACACUACUACCGACUAGUGGAUCUCAAAUCAACCCUGGAAUAUAUGGUUACAGCUUUACGCCAAAGAAAAGUGGGAAGUAUCAUAUAUGUGCUAGCUUGAAUGGUGUGGCGAUUCCUGGAUCUCCGUUCCCGGUGAACGUUCACGAACCAAUCGACCUCUCGAAGCUGAAGAUCUUCGGACCAGGAGUUGAUGGUCCCGUAAAAUGCCAAGAACCAACCCAUUUCACAAUUGAUGCCAAGCAAGCUGGACCUGGUGCAGUUGAGGUUUCUCUUGCUGAUCGAAAAGGCCAAACGGUAGCUAUUGACGUUCUCGAUAAUAACGACGGUUCUUUCACUGUAAAAUACACAGCACCUAGGCCAGGGGCGUAUCAGCUCAACGUCGUCUUCGCGGGAGCGCAAGUGCCACCAAUAGAAAUCAACGUGGAGCCUCAAGUGGACACGUCGGGCAUCAGGGUCACGGGCCUUGAAAACGCCAUCGUCACGGUAAACUGUGAGCAGGAAGCGCAUGUGUUCACACCAGAUGGAGACAACACUCGCAUUGUGAUCACUAGUCCUUCUGGUAGCAUUGUAGAGGCAAUUAUUGAAUCCACCGACACUGGAUUACGUGUCUGUUUCACACCAUCUGAAAUCGGGGACUACAGUAUUUCUGUUACCUACCGCGAUUUGCCUAUAGGCACACCAUACCUCCUCCACUCCGUGCCUGAUGGAAAUAAGGCAGAAGCAGAGUAUGUGGUAUCAAGAUGCGGGCCUCCUCGGGCUGAUCUUGUGACAGUCGCUGGACCAGGAUUAGGUCCUGUUAUUGCACAACGCUCAACACAUGUAUUCAUCGAUACAACAUCCGCUGGAUUUGGUGACAUUGAUCUUUUUGUUGAUGGACCGACAAGAACACCUAUUCAUUGUGUGGACAAUCACGAUGGGACUCUGACGAUGUAUUACGUGCCAAAAACACCUGGCGUAUAUUAUCUACGAGUGAUGUUCGACAGUAAUCAUAUUGCUGGAAGCCCUUUUCAAGUUCUUGCUCUUCCUGCGCUGCUGACCUCAUCACUGGCUGCUGAUCACGAUAAAACUGAGAGCUCAUUUACCACCCUUUCCAGUGCAGACGUUCUGCGUGGACACCGCUUCAAUGUGGGUGUUGAUAUCGGCAAUCUAAUACCGCAUGGUAGUGGUGUGAAAAUGAUUGCUAAUAUCAACGGAAAGCUCGUCGAAGUACCCAUGAAGCGAACAGGCGCUGCUUCGCAUGGAGGUGUAUUCAUUGCACACGAGGUCGGGAAGACAAAUGUCAAGGUAUUGUUCGACAACGCAGUAGUGAAAGAAGCGAAUAUCAGUGUACGUGACGGCUGCGAUGCCUCCAAGUGCACCGCAACCGGUGAAGGUUUGAGAAGCGCCAUCGUCGGAAAACCUGCGAGAUUCGACAUCGACGCACAGAAUGCAGGGAACGGCGAGCUGUUUGUGCAACUUGUCGGACCGGCCGAGGCAAAAAACAAAUGUAGGGACAAUGCAGACGGCUCGUGCACUGUGGAAUAUGUCCCAUCAGUGCCCGGAGAAUAUAGUAUCGGGAUCUGUUAUGGAAGUGAGAAAAAGAAGGAUCAUGUUCCAGGAUCUCCAUUCCGUGCUAUUGUCGACUAUCCGUAUGAUCCUUCUCGUAUUUCGGUAAAUGGGCUCCGAUCGAAUUCGUUUUCGGAGGCACGCGUUGGUACACCAGUCUCGUUUGAUAUCGAUGCCUCAUUGACACACGAUGCGCCGAUUACUGUUACAGUGCCACCAGUUUACCAGCAGCCACUACUCGAGAAGGAUAAGAUAUCGCCACGUCUGUACCAUGUGAGAUUCACCCCUGUUGGAGAACCUGGGUCAAUUGUUCCAGUUGAGAUCCGUUACGAUGGAAAGCCUAUUCCAUUUAGCCCGUUCCGAAUCAAAUUACUCCCCGAGACAGAAGUCGCUAAGAUUAAAGUCAGCGGACUGGACGGCUCUGCGCACCCGUUUGAUGUAAGUGCCUCGAGAGAGGCUGCAGCACUUGUGGAUGUUUCCAACUGUGGAAAAGUGUCGGAUCUGAAAGCUUCGGUUGUGGGUCCUGACGCGAGGCCGCGGGAUUGUGUGGUGAAAGAAGCAACUAUUCCUCAGCACUACGAAGUACGCUUCCCGACUGAUAUGGCCGGUCAUUACAAAGCAGAUAUCUUUAUCAACGGUGAGAAAGCUGGAGAUGCAGUGGAUGUCUACGCUAAGAAGUCUGGACAUAAGGAUGAUGUGAAGCUCAUGGUGCGUUCUUACGGUCCUUCCGUGUCCACAUUGAACAAAAAACUCAACUGCGCUCAAGUACCCAUCGGCGACUGGAGUAUCGUUUCAUACGACAGAAAUCGGAGCGAACCUUCUGCUCGACUGGCUGUUGUUCCAAGAUCGCCCACUGCUGUAAGAUACGAUGUGGAGUCGAAGUCGUUGGGGUCCGGAAGGUUCCGAGAUCUCGUCAAAUUUCAUCCAACAAAGCCGGGACCAAAUACGUUAGAUGUUUACUAUGGUGGUGACAAAGUAGAUGAAAUCUACUACGAAGCAGUUCCUGCAGAUCACGGGCGAGCAUUAAAGUCGCACGUACAACAGGUGCAACAGGAUCCGAUAGAAGCUUAUGAGCGAAAGUACUAUUCUGGAGUAAGCAGCAACAAUAAUAAUACCAAAGAAUACACGAGCUCACGAUACAGUACCAGUCCAACAAGUGAUCGCUACCGAUACGCUGCAAGUCCACCAAGUGUACUUAGCAACAAGUCAUCGUUUGACCAAAAACCGUCGAGUGUUACCUCGUCACCACCCCCAUCACGAAGCACAGCCUCAUCGCCACCACAACGAAGUGUCACCCCGCCAACAACAGCACGAAGUUUCACUUCGCCACCAGUCUCUUCUCCUAACUCUACAGCGUUUUACACUAGAGAGUUUAAGCUAAACGUACCUCCUUACGUUCGCCCGGAAUCGUUGAAAGCGUUCGUUACUAUGCCGUCCAAGAACACUGAUCAGGCUGAAAUCAUCGAUAACCAUGACGGUACCAUACAAGUGAAAUAUGUGCCGAAAAAACACGGAGCUCAUGAACUCUCGAUCGUACAAGAUGGAGCGCAUAUAUCGGGGAGCCCACUUCGAUUCUUUGUGGAUGGCUACAAAGACGGCUUUGCUACCGUAUAUGGCCCUGGUCUGCUGAACUCGAUUGUUGGAGAGCCAGCUGCAUUUACCGUUUGUGCAAAAGGAUCAGCUGCCAAAGAGCUAUCUGUUAGCAUCGAAGGACCUGCUCAAAGCACUAUCAAGAUCCAUGACAAUAAGGAUGGCACAUGCUCUGUUACGUGGGUGCCACCAGUUCCCGGUGAAUACAAAGUCCAUGUCAAACUUGGUGGCAAAGAAGUUCACGACUCGCCUUUCACGGUGUUGGUUGCUGGAGAGGGACAGAAACGCGCACAUCUUUCCGUCGGUUCUACAUCGGAAGUUGCAUUGAACAUCACACAAUCAGAGCUGAAGGGUAUCUCGGCAUCAAUCAAAUCCCCUUCUGGUAUCGAAGAACCCUGUUUUGUUCGACUCAUUGAAGGAGGAAGACUAGGUGUUUCUUUUACACCCCGUGAAGCUGGUGAGCACUUGAUUUCCGUUAAGAGAGAUGGAAAACUUCUACCAAAAGCUCCAUUCAAGAUCAAGGUCGACAAAUCACAAGUUGGUGAUGCAAGCAAAGUUGAAGUGAGUGGAUCUGGGAAAAUGAAGGCUGAAUGCUUGAAAGAUAAUGAAAUUCUUAUCGAUACUAGCAAAGCAGGUUAUGGAGGUCUGUCCGUCUCAGUGCAAGGUCCAUCGAAGGCGGAACUAACUUGCAAAGAAGUGAAGGCCGGACUUAUUAAGGUGAACUACAAGCCAACAGAACCUGGAGUGUAUGUGGUGGCUGUCAAAUUCGCCGAUAAUCAUGUCAAAGACAGUCCGUUCACCGUACAUUGCACCGGUAAAGGAGCUGGAAGAAAGGUUGAAGAGAUUCAUAAGAAGGCGGAACAGGCUGGACUGUGUCUUCCUAACAAGGAGGCGUUAGUUUUCUUGAAGCUACCCAAUGUGACACCUAUGAAUAGCGGAGCACGAGUGUUGGAUCCAAAGGGACGCACCGAAGAUGUUGAAAUGAGAGACCUCGGUGAUCAAUUCUUCCAGAUUAGAUUCAUGCCAAAAAUGGAGGGUGUGCAUCAUUUAUCCAUACUACAUAAAGACGCCCAUAUUUAUGGCUCACCUUUGCAGUAUACUGUUGGACCAUUUGCAGAAGGUGGAGCACAUAAGGUGAGAGCUUCCGGCCUCGGCGUUGUCCGUGGUGAGACAAAUUUCCCGCAAUCGUUUAACAUUUACACACGUGAAGCAGGAGCUGGCAAUCUCUCAGUAACGAUGGAGGGGCCGAGCAAAGCUGUGAUGGCGUUCCACGACCACAAGGAUGGCAACUGUCACGUCCAGUACAAGGUGGAUCAACCUGGAGAAUAUAUUGUUGCGAUAAAAUUCAACGAUCAGCACAUCGCUGACUCUCCAUUCAAGGUAUUUAUCGCUCCCGCCACUGGUGAAGCACGAAAGCUUGAGUUAGCUCAAUUCCAUGAUCAAGGGAUCCCAGCUGGAAAGGCGUUCACAUUUACUGUGCUAACACAUCGUGCAAGAGGACACCUUGAAGCGAAGGUGGUAACACCCACUAAUGAAAUUGAAACGAUAGAUAUCGUUCCCAUUGAGGAUGGUGAGAGCUACGCAUUACGAUUUCUACCGAAAGAGAGUGGCAACCAUUACAUUCAUGUCACAUUGGACGGCGCUCCAAUGCGAGAUUCCCCGUUCCGCCUCAGGGUAGGUGGUCGCGACCAAUGCGAUCCCACAGCAUUAAGCGUGACCGGUGACGGCAUUAGGAGAGGAACAACCGGACAGAAGUGUGAAUUCGUCGUUUCUACAGCAAAUGCAGGAGCUGGUGUACUCAACGUACAACUGGAUGGUCCUAGCAAAGCUACACUCGAUGCGUAUGAGCUCGAACGAGGAUACAAAGUUCGCUACACCCCUCUGGCGCCAGGAGACUACAUUGCAGCGAUCAAGUACAACGGAAUCCAUAUCCCUGGAUCACCGUUCAAAAUUCACGUCGAGGGAAAAGUCCUUGGUGGAAACGGUUACAACGAAUCAUCUUUCGUUAAAAUUGAUGCAGUAGCUAAGACGUCCAAGGGAACUGUUGCAACAGUUCCAGAGUACAAAGGAGACGCCAGCAAGGUGGAGGCAAAAGGGGCUGGAUUGAACAAAUUCUUCCCAGGACGACCAGCUGUGUUCACAAUCGACACUGCUGUCGCAGGUCCAAAUAUUUUAAUGGUUGGAGUGGUGACGACCAAAGGGCCAUGCGAAGAAGUUGUUGUCAAACAUCACGGCAACGGCCAUUAUAUUGUCACAUACAAAGUUCCUGAUCGUGUUAAAGGAUUCAUUUUCAUCAAAUAUGGAGAUCAGGAAAUUCCCGGUUCACCGUUCGCGAUCGAGCCGUAA